CUAAAUCCACCCUUAUACACAUGGGCGCAGAAAUUUGUGCGGUUCCACAACAAAUCAUCUUUGGAACUCGCAGUUCAACUUUUUCUGAUAUUAGAAAUCAUUCCUGUAGUCAUUGCUUCAUUUCAUCAAGAAUUUGCUACAUCGAUAAUGUCGUCACAAAAGCAACUGCUGGAUGGGACAGAUGUUUCCGAACUAACUUAUUCAGCAUUACCGUCUACAUGGGGUCGAAUAUCAUCCUGGGCAUCAGAAAACAAGGCAGUCGUGUAUACUGUAGCUGGAAUAGCUAUUGUAGUAACAGGGGCUGGGGUAGCGUACUAUCUAAUAGACUCGGAAUCCUCACGAUCAUCCCCCAAAAAGCAUAACAAGAAAGAAAAACGGAGAAAACGGGAAGAUGCAAAAAAGACCGUCGAUGGUACGAAGGAAAGCUUGGAAUCUCAGCCUAAAGCCCCAGUUGCAGAACCCACCGCUGAAUUACCUGAAAUCAAUGAGAAGACAGUAGAAAACUUCUCCACUGAAGAGAGAAAAGCAAUUGCGGCUAGAUUAAAAUCGGCUGGUAACACUGCCUACGGCGCCAAGGAUUAUUCUAAAGCUAUUGAGCUGUAUGGUCAAGCUAUCCUUUGCAAACCAGAUCCUAUCUACUAUUCAAAUCGCGCCGCAUGUUAUAAUGCACUAAGCGAGUGGGAAAAAGUAAUUGAUGAUACCACUAAUGCCAUCAAUCUAAACAACGAAUACGUUAAAGCUCUAAAUCGUAGAGCAGUCGCGUACGAGCAUCUGGAUAAAAAUAGUGAGGCGCUUUUAGAUUUUACCGCAAGUUGUAUAAUAGAUGGCUUCCAAAAUGAAUCAAGUGCAAAUUCUGUUGAGAGGUUACUCAAGAAGGUAGCCGAAACAAAGGGAAAGUUGAUACUUGCAAACAAGCACAAACAAUUACCUAGUCCAACUUUUGUAACAAACUACCUUCAAAGUUUCCGAGCCCGACCAGCUCCUGUUGGACUAGAGGAGAGUGCUGAGAUACCUGAGAACUCGGGUAAAGCUUAUUUACAGGCAGGAUUACGUGACAUGGUCAAGAAAACCAGAGAGGGUUAUCAGAAAGCUGCAGACUCAUUCGAUAAGGCCUUAGAAAUUGGAGAUCUUGGGAAUCAUGAAGCCUUUGCCUACAACAUGCGGGGAACUUUUCGAUAUCUCCGUGGUGAAAAUCUGGAGGCUUUAGGUGAUCUAACUAAAAGUAUUGAACUUCAACCAGACCUCAUUCAAAGCUACAUCAAGCGAGCAAGUAUGAAUCUAGAGCUUGGUAACAAAUCAGCUGCUGUAGAAGACUUUGAAAAUGCGACUCUUCAAAAUAACAGAGAUCCAGAUAUAUUUUAUCAUCGUGCACAGCUACAUUUUAUUUUGGGCGAGUACGCCGAAGCAGCAAAGGAUUAUCAAGUCUCUAUUGAUCUAGACAACGAUUUUAUCUUUUCUCACAUUCAACUUGGUGUAACUCAGUACAAAUUAGGAUCAAUCGCAUCAUCCAUGGCAACCUUCCAAAGAUGUACCAAAAACUUCGAGCAAAUACCAGACGUCUAUAACUACUAUGGAGAAUUGUUAUUAGAUCAACAAAAGUUCCAAGAAGCUAUUGAAAAAUUUGACACAGCUAUUAAGAUGGAAGAGCGAACUAAACCAGAAGGUAUUAAUGUACUGCCUCUAAUUAACAAAGCUUUGGCUUUAUUCCAAUGGAACAAAGACUACGUAGAGGCUGAGAAACUAUGUCAGAAGGCUCUCACAAUCGACCCCGAAUGUGACAUAGCGGUUGCGACAAUGGCACAACUUCUACUUCAACAAGGUAAAGUUACAGAAGCACUUAAGCACUUCGAACGUGCUGCUGAACUCGCCCGGACUGAAGGCGAAAUUAUAAAUGCCCUAUCAUAUGCCGAAGCUACAAGAACUCAAGUUCAUGUGCAAGAGAAAUAUCCACAGCUUGCCAGUCGCCUGCAAGGAACUGAUCUAAACGGUGGGAUAUACCAGACAUGA